AUGAGAGCGGUUUCUCUAUUGAUUCUGCUGAUAAGUCUGAAGAAUGGGACUUUGACUUGUCUGUUGAUGUAUUCUGGAUGUGAAGGUUGGGUUUGGAUGGACUUUGCAGACUAUGUGGACGUUAGACCCAGAGUUGAUUAUCAUUUGAAGAAGAAUUGGCCAGAAGGUUACUCAGAUAUUGAAGUUAUUGGAAUAGGAGAGCAGGAGGGUACUGGUUCGGAUGUCAAUAACAUUAGAAUGAGUGUGAGUAGGUAUGGGGGUGAGAAUUGA